UGGACUUGUUGCAGAGGCAGAGCUGCGGCAGGCAGCACGGACAAGCCGCACAUUUCCUGUACACUGUUCCGCUGCAACCCCAAACCAGCAAAUUGAAAAUAGCUCAGCAGUUAGCUCAGCAUUUCUGUUGAAGGAUUACGAAGACUCGAAACAUCAACUGUGCUCUUCUCUACUGAUGCUGCCAGACCUGCUAAGUUUUUCCAGACCUGCAUCUUGGAACUGCACUUCACCAGAUCUUUUGGAAGGUAUGCAGAACAUGCAAAUAUAUCAUCAGUUCUUCAAGUGACCAGCUCAUGUAACAUGUUACGUUGAUUUUCACCCAUUUGGAUUGUCCUUUACUUGAUGUUCGUGAUGCCUGAAUAAUUAAUUACAUUUGAUUCUGGGUUUCUGGAUAUUUCCAUCUUUUGACAAAUCUACAGCUUCCACAUGAUGAGAAGAUUGAAUAUGACACCUGUAAUGUUGUACAUGAUUCUCCAUCUACUUCAGGCUGCAUGGUCUGACCCUGUUAUUCCAAGGGUGGUGUGGAAAUAUGGAGAAGUAUCUUUGUUCAAGUUUUCUCAAACUGGAGUGUCAAACUAUUCAACGCUGUUGCUGAAUGAAGAUAGAGGGGUGCUGUAUGUAGGUGCCCGGGAAGCUAUCUUUGCUGUGAAGAUGUCAAAUGUUUCAUAUAAAAAAUAUGAGGUGUACUGGAAAGUCCCAGAAAAAAAACAAAAGGAAUGUGCAGCUAAAGGAAAAUCCCAAGAGACCGAAUGUCUGAACUACAUACGCAUCUUGCAUGAAUUUAACAAUGAAAGCCUUUAUGUGUGUGGGACUUAUGCAUUUCAACCAACCUGUGAUUACCUUUCAGUUAAGGAUUUUACUCUGCAAGGCAAGAAAGAAGAAGGUAAAGGAAAGUGUCCAUUUGAUCCUGCUCAAAGAUACACUUCAGUAAUGGUUGAUGGUGAGCUUUACUCGGGAACAGUAUACAAUUUCCUGGGAAGUGAGACAGUCAUUCUUCGGAGCCAUUUACGGACAGAAUAUGCAAUACCCUGGUUAAAUGAGCCAAGCUUUGUCUACUCAGAUGUGAUAAGAGAGAAUGAUAAUAGUUUGGAUGGUGGCGAUGAUAAAGUUUAUUUUUUCUUCACUGAAGUGUCUGUUGAAUAUGAAUUUAAUAGCAAACUUUUGGUACCAAGAGUAGCUCGAGUGUGCAAGAGUGAUCAUGGAGGAUCACGAAUUCUGCAAAAGAGGUGGACAUCAUUUCUGAAAGCUAAGCUGAUUUGCACUCUGCCUGAAUCCAACUUUAUUUUCAAUGUCAUUCAGGAUGUUUUUAUUCUGAAAACUCCAAAUUGGAAAGAAACGGUGUUUUACGGUGUUUUUACGUCACAGUGGAGUAAUUUGGAAGUGUCUGCAGUCUGCACCUUUAACAUGUCCAAUGUGGAGGAUGUUUUCUCUGAAGGGAAAUACAUGCAAAGUGCUACUUUUGAACAUUCCCAUGUAAAAUGGGUCAGAUACAAUGGACAAAUUCCAAUGCCUCGCCCUGGCUCAUGUAUAAACAAUGAGGCGAGAGCUUUAAAUGUCAACAGCUCACUCAUGUUACCUGACAAAACUCUCCAGUUUGUAAAGGAUCACCCUCUGAUAGCAGACCCAGUUAAACCCAUUGGAAAUAGACCUAAAUUGGUAAAGAAGAAUGUAAACUAUAUACAGAUUGUUGUGGACAGGGUUAGAGCGCUUGAUAACAACUCCUAUGAUGUCAUGUUUGUGGGUACAGAUAAAGGAUUAUUGCACAAAGCAAUUAACUAUAAUAAUGAAAUGCAUAUAAUUGAAGAACUCCAGAUUUUCCCUGACCCUGAGCCUGUGCAGACAUUACUCCUAUCCAAAGGGGACAAAAAGUAUCUUUAUGCAGGGUCUCAUUCUGGCGUUGUUCAAGCCCCUGUUGCUUUUUGUGAAAAAUACAAAACUUGCACGGAUUGCAUUUUGGCAAGAGAUCCCUAUUGUGCCUGGAACUCCCAAAACAAAACCUGCAUCUGGAUUACAAAAGAUGAUAACUAUAUGAGCAAUUUGAUGCAGAAUCUGCAUGGAAGUGCAGCUGUCUGCAGAACUGAAGAUGUGGAAUCUACAUCAUCUGAAGAACACAAAGUGGAGCCAAGAGGAUUUCAAGAACUGAAGUGCCUACCUGUGUCUAGACUGGCUAAAGUUAUAUGGAUGUUCAAGAACAAAACUCUAAGUGAGAAUUCAAAAUAUCGAAUUGUUCAAAACAAUUUGUUGAUUUUCUCUGUUACUAAAGAAGAUUCUGGUACCUACGAUUGCUGGACAGUGGAAACUGUGAAGGGACGCCUGUAUAAACAGCUGGUGAAAAAGUAUUCUCUGAUCGUAGAGGGGCAAUCUAAAGUUGUAACAACUUCCCCAACUGCACCAUUUACCAAGAUGGAAGGUAAUUCUGCAACAACUCAGACAAGCACAGAUAAAGGACGAACGUCUCUUCACACUGUCACAUCCCAGAUUCAAACUGAUGUGUUAACUUCAACUGUGUCGUACACCUCAACUUCCACACUCGCAACCCCUACAUUUUUAGUUCCAGUAGCAGACACAAAAGCUGUCAGUGAGCCUUCAACAGCUGAAAGAAAUGAUAGAAUUCUGUUAACUUUCCUUGUGCUGAUUACACUUCUUUUCCUGAUGCUAGUUGGUUAUAAUUGUUACAUGAAAUACUUGCCAAGUCCUUGCCUGAAACUACGCUUGUAUGUAGUCAGUGAUGGGAAGAAGCCAGAAUUCGAUUAUGAUGUGUCUGAGGAGCUGGUAAAACAACAGUGUGUGAAAAUCAAUUCAGAUAAUCAAAAUAGUGAGCAGAUUGCUGCUGGUGACAAGGGAUAUGAAACUGAAUCAGACUGUGGGAAUGGCAAAAUUCCUAAUACAGAGAAACCCCAAGAGCUCAAGCAGAUCCAAGAAAACCACUCAAUUGGUUCUGUUGAUACAGAGAAAGAUGCAGAUAUUCCAGAUAUUAAAUUCAUUGAUGAGGAAGCCCAGAGUCUUUGCUAACAUUUUUGGCAUUGCUUAAAGUUGCAUUACGGAUAAGCUGGAUGCAAAUGUUAGAACAGAAAGUUAGAAAAAAGUGGAAAUCAUGAAAUGCUUUGAAAGGUUUUUCAGUAGACAAAAUAAGUUCUUAGCAAAUGAUGUUAUAAGCGAAUAUCAAUCUCACAUGUUCAACCUGCAUUAUAUUCAGCAAUCCCAGAAUAGUUUUCAUAUGUGCUCAACAUACUGGUCAUUUGAGUUUCAUUCCAAAUUGGAAAUUAUUAAUUUAUCAAAUUGGUAAAUCUCAAACUGCUGUCCAAAUUGGAGCAUGAAUCUUUUGUUUGCAUAUACUGUAUAUGUAGUAUUUUAUAUUGCACUGAAAAUUUGAGUAAUAUUCUGUUAGAAAUAAUUGUAGCUUAUUGCUGCAUCUAAUGUAGGUUGAUGCCUUUGUUUAAGCUAACAUUGUACAGCACCUCAGGGAUCAGAUAAUGAAUAGUAGAUCUGUGUGUUUUCCUUAGCUUAUCUUGAAGAAAUGAGGAAAGGCUAUAUUAUACAGACUUUGGAUAGAUUUAGAUUAGAAUUGUGUUACAAUGAAACAUGGAGUCCAUAAGACCGUGAUUAAUAGAAGUAAUGCAUUUUGAAAGGAAACAAGUGUACAUUGUUAAAAUGCUGUUACUGAGCCAUGGCCACAGCAUAGGUCCUUGUUGCAAAGACUUUUCAUACCAGUGGAAGACUCUUGAUACUCAGCUGAGUAUUGUAGCACCUGUAGCUGCAUUGCCACAGAGAUGAAUUUUUCUAACUGGUGUGGCAUGGGACAAAACGUAUACCAUGGAUGCAAAUUUUUUAAAAAUAUUUUGGUUGACUGCCUCCUUUAAACGAGCAAAUUCUUACAGGCUGCAAAGUUGUUGCUGUUUGAAUCUGGAUUUUGUAAAAGCCUGAUCUGAUGGACUUUAACAGGACUGACAAAACAGCAUUGGAACCUGUGUUUUGCUGCUAUAGAUGUUCAAUUGUUUUAGUAACCCACUGAACUGCUAUUGAGAAUAAGCAACUGGUGCAAUUAACCAGCUUUUUAAUCUCCCACUGCAUUGGCGGCAUUGUACUUCUGUACAUUUAUAUUUGAAGUUUAUGUAUAACAACUUAUUUCAUUUUGUUUUCUGGCAUCUUUAUUUGCAACUAUGUAUAUAAGCAAAAACAGGUUUCUUUUGAAAUGGUUUUAUUCAACAGAAAAUGUCUCAAAAGGUUUUGUGUAGAGCUAACUUCUAGGGAGGUGGGCAUUCCAUGUGGUACAUUUAGUCGUAUAAGCCAGUUCUUCAGUUGUAUAGGAAAUUGUGUAUAAAACUACUUUUUAUUUUUUUAAUUGUGUAAAUAGAAGUUAAAGCCAGCAAAAACAUCUUGUACAGAAACAACAUUUUAGACUACUGAAAAGUUAAUUGAGCCUUGUGUGUUUUCUCUAUCUGCCUUGUCAUGCCAAAAUUUUAUGCAGUCCUUUGAAUACCACUACUUCUGUAACUUUUGCCUAACGCAGUCUAUUGACUCUUUUAUCCUUUAAUGCAUGACCAAUCCUCUUUGUUAUUUGUAUCUAUAGAACUCUUCGGUUUGUGCCUUUCUGUCUCACAGCUUCUCCUGUUUUACCUUUCACUCCUAUCGGUCCCUCCUCCAACUCUUGGGCCUGGUCCACCUCCUAUCUUUGCUAUUACCCCAUCUGAAGGGUCUUCUCAUGAUUGGUCCAGUGCAGACAGUACAGUGGUCCAGCUGUUACCACCAUUACUGAGCGACCAGAUACAUAGUGUGUGUAGCCCUGGAUCUGUUCACCUCUUCUGUCAAGCUAUUGGUGAGUGAGCAUCUGCUAGCAGGAGUAAUUAACUUUUACUUUUUUUGUGGGGGGGAGACUUUGCAGGGUUAGAGGCAGAACUGUCCUUCUUAGUACUGUGAAACUGCUUUCCUUCUUGCAAAUGAUGAAUGUUUUAAAUGUAGUAAAUGAGCACAUAAGUUUGACAUUUUGUAAAGUUUUCAAAUAUCAGAGCAAGUCCCUGAGAUUCUGUUAGAAUCUUUUACUGUACAAUAAUGUAAGCAGAGUUUAUCAGGGACCUAGAAAGAAUUUAUUGUUGUCAGAUCUUUCACCCUGGCUAAUAGUUUGUUAUGUUUCUGUUUAAGUGAAUAUGUGUGUUGAUUACUUUUGAUCAUAAGCUGAAAUAGUUUCUUUUUAAAGAGAACUGCACAAUAAAACUCGAAGCAAAAA